GUGACAUCACGUGAACAGUUUUCGUGGGCUCGACGGACGAGCGAGCGGCUGACCAGCAGACAGCUUGUGAAAAUGGCGACCUCAGGCAAGAUCGGAGCUCAGCAAGCUGCUCGCGAACAUGUUUUGGCUGUCAGCCGAGACUUUAUUUCGCAGCCACGAUUAACCUACAAAACAGUGUCUGGUGUCAACGGACCAUUGGUGAUUUUGGAUGAAGUGAAAUUCCCCAAGUAUGCAGAGAUUGUACAGCUUCGUUUGGCUGAUGGAACUAUCCGAUCUGGUCAAGUACUGGAAGUCAGUGGUUCAAAGGCUGUAGUUCAGGUAUUUGAAGGCACAUCUGGUAUUGAUGCCAAAAACACACUAUGCGAGUUCACUGGAGAUAUUUUGCGCACACCUGUGUCAGAAGAUAUGCUUGGCCGUGUUUUCAACGGCUCUGGCAAACCCAUUGACAAAGGACCACCAAUUCUAGCUGAGGACUUCCUUGAUAUUGAUGGCCAACCCAUCAAUCCUUGGUCCCGUAUUUACCCUGAGGAAAUGAUUCAAACUGGUAUCUCUGCCAUUGAUGUGAUGAACUCUAUUGCCCGUGGUCAGAAGAUUCCCAUUUUCUCUGCUGCUGGUCUACCUCACAAUGAGAUUGCUGCCCAGAUCUGUCGCCAAGCUGGUUUGGUCAAACUGCCAGGAAAGUCUGUCCUUGAUGAUUCAGAUGACAACUUUGCCAUCGUGUUUGCUGCUAUGGGUGUCAACAUGGAAACUGCUCGUUUCUUCAAACAGGACUUCGAGGAAAAUGGGUCAAUGGAGAAUGUGUGCCUCUUCUUGAAUUUGGCCAAUGACCCCACCAUUGAGCGAAUCAUCACCCCCCGCUUAGCUCUUACUGCUGCAGAAUUCUUGGCUUACCAGUGUGAAAAGCACGUUCUUGUCAUCCUUACUGACAUGAGCUCCUAUGCUGAAGCUUUGCGUGAGGUAUCAGCUGCCCGAGAAGAGGUGCCCGGUCGUCGUGGUUUCCCUGGUUACAUGUACACUGAUUUGGCCACCAUUUAUGAAAGAGCUGGUCGUGUUGAGGGCAGAAACGGCUCCAUCACUCAAAUUCCUAUUCUUACUAUGCCUAACGAUGAUAUUACCCAUCCUAUCCCUGACUUGACGGGUUACAUCACAGAAGGUCAGAUCUACGUUGACAGGCAGCUGCACAAUAGGCAGGUGUAUCCCCCUGUCAACGUACUUCCCUCACUGUCUCGUCUCAUGAAGUCUGCUAUUGGUGAAGGCAUGACAAGGAAAGAUCAUUCUGAUGUAUCAAACCAGCUGUAUGCUUGCUAUGCUAUUGGCAAAGACGUCCAGGCCAUGAAGGCUGUUGUUGGUGAGGAAGCCCUGACACCUGAUGAUCUGCUCUACCUGGAGUUCCUUACUAAGUUUGAGAAGAACUUCAUUUCUCAAGGAAACUAUGAAAACCGUACCGUCUUUGAAUCCCUGGAUAUUGGGUGGCAACUGCUGCGUAUCUUCCCUAAGGAAAUGUUGAAGCGUAUUCCUGCCAAUGUUCUUGCUGAGUUCUACCCACGAGACUCUCGCUCUGGAAAGUAAAAUAUACAAGCCUUGUGAAUAAUCAUUGUCUUCAUACAUAUGCCCUGUAGAGAAAUUUGUUUUUCUUUUUUUAACUUUCGUAGAUCAGAAAUAUUUAUUUAGGGCCCCAAAUUGCUGUGUAUUUUUAUUGAAGUACUUAUUUUGCAAAAAGAUGUCUCAGUAUGUUGAGGAAAGUAGAUGACAUACAUAUGGGCCCUGUUUCAUUUCUGACUUGAAAGAAAUUGUUGUUUAUCUUGAUCUUUAGAUCCUUUCAGUUUUAUUACAGAAAAGAGACAUCUUUUCUUUUUUACUCUUGUGUUGUGAAAUAAGAGUGUUUUAUGUGAAUUUGGUGCAUCUUUCAUAGUUUAAAGGUUGUAUAUAUGGCGGCAGAUCUUAAUUCAAAAAUGUUGACUCUUAGGAUUGAUAUAAACAUUCCAAUCAUACUAGAUGUGCCAUAUUGGCCAUAAAAGUUAUCCAAGCAUCUGCACUGUUAUAAUGAAGCUAAUUUUAUGUGAACUGUUAAAUGAAUUGUUACAAGAAGCUUCUGUAAAUUUAAAUGCAAAACUGCUGCCUUUGUCAGCAUUUCAUCAAGCAUUUAGACAAGCAUUAUUAUUGUUUUUUGUAAAUAAAAGUACUUCUGUGCAAUCAUGGUCAUUAAGUAAUAAGCUUUAAAUAAAGACAAUAUUACUAAAAAAAAAAGUAGGAUUGUCAAUUUUUUUUUAAAUCCAAGCAGUAUUUAAUGUUUUGUGCGGAAGUAGCAUUUUGUGUCAUAAUGUUCACUUGUUUCAGUUGCAGGGAAUGGGUUCAAUCUCCUACUCCCUUGAGUUCUCUCUCACUGUAAAUUGAAUUUUAAGCUUUAUCAUGGCUCACCGAUGAGGAACAAUGCAUAGCAAUAAUUUCAUUUACAUCUACAAUUG